CUGCCAUUGUCAGCUUGCUCUCUCUGAGCUCGCAAUUGCUCCCACCAGUCGUCGGGUUCAUCGUCAAUCAUCAGCUGUGCCGCUGCGACGCCUGCCUUGUCAUCCUUGGUCAUUUUGAAGAGCUUGGAAGCAGAAUUGUGGUGUUGGGUCGAGGAACCGCCCAGACGUUGCCUGAAGACGCUCGGACAAACUCGGUCCGCUAGUCAACGUCACUCCAAGCAUCAUGGCAUCGAAGAAGAUGAAUGUCCUGGUUUAUUCAGGCCAUGGCAGCACCAGCGAGUCGGUCCGCAACUGCCUGUACACCUUGCGGCGUCUUCUGUCUCCUUCCUAUGCCGUCAUACCUGUGACUGGCGAUGCCAUUAUCAGCGAGCCGUGGUUCAGCACCUGCGCCCUGCUAGUUUUUCCUGGAGGCGCCGACAUGGGCUAUUGUCGUACGCUCAAUGGCGAGGGAAACAGGCGCAUCAGCCGCUAUGUGAAUGCGGGCGGCUCGUACCUCGGCUUCUGCGCAGGCGGUUACUAUGGCAGUGCAAAGUGUGAGUUUGAACUCGACGACCCUAACAUGGCAGUCCAAGGCGACCGCGAACUGGGCUUUUUUCCAGGCACCUGUCGAGGACUGGCUUUUGCGGGGUUCAAGUAUGCGAGCGAGGCUGGUGCGCGGGCAGCCGACAUCAAGAUUCACAAGGAAGCUUUUGAAAGCGGGGAUAUUGCCGAUACUUUCAAAAGCUACUACAACGGAGGGGGUGUGUUUGUCGAUGCAAAAAAGCUCGAGAGUCGAGGCGUGCAGAUCCUAGCCAGCUACACGGAAGAUUUGCAUGUCGAUUCAGGGGACAGCAAAGCUGCUGUGGUAUAUCGAAAGGUUGGUGAAGGCCAUGCUGUGGUUACCGGUCCACAUCCAGAAUUCGCACCCCAAAAUCUCAGCAAGGUACCAGGCUUGCCGAGCUAUGCAACACUGAUUGAAGAUAUCACCGCCACCGACGCUACCAGAGUCGCCUUUAUGCGAUUAGUCCUCGAGAAACUGGGCUUGCAUGUUAACGAGAAGGAACAAGCGGUACCGUCCCUUUCCCGCCUGCAUCUCACUGCUCAUAGCCUGGCAGACGUCUCGGAGCUCAUUGCAGGCUGGUCUGAAAUCUUUACUGUGAUUGAUGGAGACGAGUACAUCAAAGGCGAGAAUGACGUGUUUCGUAUGGACAAGGAGGGAAGCGCCUGGAGCGUCAAGGAGCUGAAGCGCGCUGUGAGCGCUGUCUCGGAGAAAUUGCCCAUACUAGGCACGACAGACGACAAAGAGAAAGCAGACAAGAAGCCAAAGACGAAAGAAGAGGAGUUUCAAGAUUGCAUCGAGUACACGGCCAACACCGAUGCGGACCAGAUUUUUGAAUACGAGAAGAUUGUCAAGAUUAUUGUACCACACGAGAAGGCUCUCCCGUCGAUAAAGGAUACGCCUUUCCACCACGAGGCCUACUAUGCCAAUCUACAUCACUACCACAACAAGCUGCGCAACCCAAAUGCUUCGUUUGGCAAACAUCUUCUGUAUGGCGAAGUCGUCACGUCUACAAACACGCUGCUCGAGAAGAAUGCGUCGUUGCUGCGACAUUUACCAAACGGCUUCACCAUGACUGCAACCACGCAGAUUGCAGGUCGCGGUCGAGGCAACAAUGUCUGGGUUGCACCCCGCGGCGGGCUGAUGUUCUCUACCGUCCUGCAUCACUCCUUUUCGCUCAGCCAAAGCGCGCCUGUGAUCUUCAUCCAGUAUCUCGCAGCGCUCGCCAUUAUCCAGGGCAUCAAAGGCUAUGCACCGGGCUACGAAACGAUUCCCGUUAAGCUCAAAUGGCCAAAUGACAUUUACGCGCAGCUCCCAGGCUCCGCCAAUAACCCUGUCGUGAAAAUCGGCGGCAUCCUAGUCAACAGCGGCUACUGCGGCUCUUCGUACGACAUUGUCACGGGCAUUGGUUUGAAUCUGUCCAACGCUCUACCCACCACCUCCCUCAACCUCCUUGCAUCCAGCCAAAACCCGCCCCUCAAAGCCUUUACCCCGGAAAAGCUGCUUGCUUCCAUUCUCGCGCACUUUGAAACGCUCUACUCGACGUUUUGCCAGACGGGCUUCAACCGCGACAUGGAGGGCGACUACUACGACAAUUGGCUGCACGCGGAUCAGAUUGUCACGCUCGAGAGUGAGGGUGGCGUCAAGGCCAAGAUUAAGGGCAUCACGCGUGACUGGGGCUUGUUGCUUGCAGAGGAGCUGGGCUGGGAGGAUCGGCCGACGGGCAGGAUGGUGACGCUGCAGAGUGAUAGUAACAGUUUUGAUUUUUUCCGGGGUUUGGUGAGACGGAAGGUAUGA